UAUAAUGGACGACGAAAUUCAUUUGAAAACAUUGAAGGACCAACUGAACAGUCUGAAGCCUGUCCCCAAUUUCGACAUUGACUUCUCCGAUUACAAUUCAUACCAGUUCAACAGGACGACCAAAAAUUUGGAUUUGUUUAAAGAGAAAGAAGUGAAGAGAGAAAUAAAACAUCCAAGAGAGAUUCUGCCUAAAGCAUCAACAACCAGAGAUAUUUCCUAUAUGAAGGAUAUAAUCGACCGGUCUCACUAUCGGAGUGUCUCAAAGAUAGAUAUCAAUGAGAAAAUUAAGAAGCUAGGGCUUCAAGCACUCCCGAUAGGGAGUGCAUCCUCCUAUGCCAAACAUCGUAGGUCAGAAUCGGUAGGAAAACUGCAUAAUCAAAAGCAGAUUGAAGCUCAGAGUUAUCCCACUGAUAUAAAGCAUUUAGAAAAGUUGAUACAGUUUACUGAGCCUAACCAUCGAAAUCUCGCUGGCGGCCGGACCUGUCAAAGGGAGUCAUGUAUCAGCCACAAUGCAUUGAUUAACGGUAAAUCUCCCCAAGUUCAUGAAAACCCUGAUGAGAUGUCUCAAAGAAAACUUGAUGAAGAAAGCCUAAUGCAUAAGCUAGAGGUUUGGUAUAAAUAAAAACACUGACUUCACAUACUCUGUUGUAAAAUAAGUCUGCACUUGAGAGCAAGAUGUUCUCAGGCAAAAGAGUCACACUUGAAGGAAUGAUAAAGGCGAAUAAUGUUAAAAAGAGAGGUGGCUCUAAGGAUGAAACUAUGCAUGCAAUUAUAGAGAACUCACAUCAAGAAAAUACCGAUAAACAGCAGAGUGACAAUAAGCAGUUUGGAAUUUUAACCUUGCUGAAUGAUAAAGAUCAUAAUAGUUACAGACAUAAGGAUCUUGGAGAACCUACUGGAAGAAGAGAAGUUGAGCUUUUAAAUGAAUGGCUUGAUCAAAUGCUGCACUCAUAUGUCUUCUCAAAGACAGAGAUAAAGAAGGAUCCAGAUAAAUAGAAAAGAAGCUCUAUAUCAUGCCAAAUUAAUCCUCUCAAUUUGACUCAGAGAUCUCAUAAGACAAGUGUCUGUCCAGUGCCUUGAAAGAGGAGUUUUGAUUGAGAAGGUGAUUAACAACUACAUUAACAUAUUUGAAACCGAGACUAGAGGAAAUAUGUACGAUUUAGAUGAGCUUCAAUCAAAACACUUGAAAGAUAUCCUAAAACUCAAAGCAGAGGUAGCUAGGAACACAGACAAGAGCAAGCACACUCCAGAGGCUGCUUCUCAGUCGCAGUUUUCCAAAUUCACCAAGAUUAACCAACUCGAGGAAGAACUAGAGGAAGCUAAGGGAGAAAUCAUUAAAUUAAAGGAAGAAAUUAAGAAGAAAGAGGCUGAAUUCUCCACUUCAGUCAUGGAAUUCAAACGCAGAGAAUCCAUGAUGGAACAAAUGAGGAAGACAGAUGGUAGAAGACCAAUCAUGUCCGAAAGCAGCGAGAGCGAGUCCUCUCUCGAUGAUGAACAAGAAGGAAUUAAGAGAAAAAUGAAAAGGAAUAAGAUUCAAAAUCUUAAGAAGGAAAUUAUUCAUAACAAGAAAAAGGUGGGAAGAGUCGACCUUCUUAAUUUACCAAGCUCUGAUGAUGAAAAAGUCGUGAGGAAGCUGGAUAAUUUACAUGAGCCAAGCUCUUUCGAAGAAGAUGAAGAAAGAUCUAAUGAAGAACCAGUUAUGAAUCUCAGUGAUUCAAAAUAAGAAAAAGAAAUCGCCAAAGAAGAGAAGGCAUAUCAAGUCACCACUUUCUAAAAAGAAAGCAAUGAGGUCCAAGACUAUAAAUCUAGACGGGGAUGAAAUGGGAAUGGACGACGAGAUCAUGACUUCUUUGAGAUCUGAGAGUGUUGACAAGAUCAGCAAAGACCCGAAGAGUCCUCAAGUGCGUGCUACUAAGAAAAGAGAUACCAAGGUUAAUCUUGAGAUGAAGAGGAAACUUGAGGAUGCUGAAUACAAAGAUCUCAAGCAAAGAUAUCACGAAGAUGAGCGAGACAAGAACUAUGUCCUUAAUGAAAGAGAGGCUAUAGAAGAAGCUGCUGAUAAGGAAUCAGAAGGGGGAAAUGAGCUCAACGAGUCUAUUGAUAAGUUAGAGGAGGAGCAAGAUCUUGAAUUUAAAGACAAAGUCGCACUAAUUUCACAUGAGUUUAUGAAAGAUAUCAAGUUCCUCGAUGAGGAAAAAGAUGCUACUGAGCUCAAUAGUUUACAUAAAGCAAUGAUACAGAAAGUAUUUGACUGAUUCUUAGAGAACAAGCAAGAACUCUUGAAAAAGAUUGCCGGAAAAUUGGCUUCUCAGAAAGAUAUUGAAGAAUACUUGUCACUAGAUUCUGAUCCUGAUAGAGGUGAAGAUGAUACAACUCCUCGGUAUGGCCAAAACAGAAAAUCAGACGCUAGCUACCAAUCAAAGGCCGGGAAGAAGAGGAAGAGGACCGAAGACACCAUGAUGCAGGAUUCUAAAUCAGGCAUGAGCAGUAAAGAUAAUGAUUUUAUGGAAAAUAUUAUGGAUGUCAGUCAUUCAAACUAUGAGAGGAAUGACUCCUAUGAUUCCUCCCCACAGAAAAAUCUUGAGAGAAAGAUCAGGAAAGAUAAAUCCAGAAAGAGACAGAGAGACUUUUCAAAGGGCAAUGACUCGGUCAGAACAAAUUUACUGAACAUCCAAACAACUGCAGAUCUAAUAUCUUAUGUCAAGAGAAGGCAGAAUAAGCGAAUAAUGAGACAAAAGAGGGGCUCUAAAGUUUCUAAGAAAGCUGGGGGAAUCGUCCCAUCAAGGAUCACAAGGCGAGAUGGAGGCAGCCACCCCUCAAUAAGGCAUUUUGGGGUCUUCCAGCAAGGAGGGAGAUCCAUCGAGAUUCAGACAGAUGAUCUUGACAUUCUUGACCUUAGAUGUUCAGAGAUUAACCUAACUGAAGUGUACCAUUUUGAUAAAAUCUCUGCAUGACUGAGAAAGAUAGUCAUCGAGAGAGGAGUCGAUGCUGAAAUCUUGCGACAAUUUGAGUACCUCCACAAAGAUGCUAUCAAGAACAGGUAUAGAUCAAGAACAUCAGUGAUGGGGAAAUAUGGAAAGCACCUCAACAAACAAGACCAGUUCCGCAAGAACAUCAGUGAUGUUGUAGCCAAGGUAGAAGUCACCAGGUAUAACGAUGCUCUGAAAGCUUUGAUCAACAAAGUCAAGGACUACGAGCAUGAGAAUGCUUAUCUUGAAGAGAAACGUUCAUGAAUGAGCUCCCAGUUCCCUCUCUUUAAAGAGAGUGAGGAUGAUGUCUUCAACAGAGGCUGGCGAAAGGGGUACUCAGCCGGGUACACCAGAGGCAACUCCAACGGCUUCUUCAAAGGGUCCAUUGAAGCCCAAUACAUUGGCCACCAGAAAGGAGUAGAAGAAGGAAUGCAAGAGGGCUGGAACUUUGGGUUCGAUGAAGGCUUCAAAACAGGAAUCAGGAAGGUUUUCAGAGAUGCUAGAGAAGCAGGCAUUGACCUUAGCUCUUUAGAACUGAUGGAGUAUAUCUCAAAAGAGGAUAAGAUAAAAGGACUGAUGAAGAAUUUAUAUACCAAACUAACUAAAGUCUUUGCCAUUAGCGAAAGGCUCGAAGCAUCUUCAAAACUGAAUGAGAGAUUUAUGGGCUACAGUGAUAGGAGGAAGAGGUUAGCUGUUAAGAUGGGUAAGAAGAAUAUGUUCAAAGCAGUAACUAAUUACUUCACAUCGAAGAUUAAAACAAAAUCACACCACCUCUUAUUGUGAGAAUUUCUGUACACUCAAUGCAUUGAGAAGUAUGGUAACAGUAAAUUAGCAGAUAAAAAGUUGAUCCAAGUGUUUGCAGCAUCUGUUUACCAUCAGAAGAAUGAGAGAGUGGGGAUAUUCUGUAGGGCUCUACAUCUAUCAGAAAAGAGGAACUACUCAAAUGAUAUACUAAAUAUUUAUCUGUAUAUUCUAAGUCAGUUCCAGAGAGAAUACAACACAAGGAUCAAUGCCAUUAAGGAUGAUAUUACAGAGGGACAAUGUGACUUUGCUCCUUUUGUCAAAGGAGUCGAAAUCUUCAAGGAAAUGUUUGAGGACAAAAUUCCUAUGUAUCCAAAGCUGAAGCUCCAAGUUGACAAGAUGAUGAUCACAAAAUCAAGCAUGAAGAUGAUCGAUGUUGAUAAAUUUAGCAACUUUGUGAUUGUGAACUACAUGAAGUACUACAUAAACUUGAAUUCUCCAGAGGAGAUCAUCUACAACGCAUGGACUCUAUACGAAGUGAACUAUAUCACAAUGAACGAGUUGUACGUGACUACAGAGUUGCUGCAACCUCCGACGAUCUUGGUGGAUAUUCCUGAGGAGUCUAAGCAAGUCAACAUUUCCAAGGAGCAGUUCUACAACUUGUUUUCAGAACAUCUGAAGGGGAAAACCAAUGAGAAUAUCUAUUCUCACCAAUUCAAGGAGGUUAUGAGCAAGGUGGACACUUUUAGCCCUAGGAGGGUCAAAAAAUUAUUCGAUCUUUCCCUUUGAAACAUGACUAUUGCCCAGUUCAAGGAGGAAUAUUUUGGAAUCUCAACAAUUCUGAAAGAACGACUUGAUGAGCUUUAUAAAGGCAAGAAAUGGAGGCAAAUUAACCGACUUGAUGUGAAAGAAGUUUGGCUCAAUAAAAUACAUGCAGUCUCCAGGGCUAUUGGCACGGUCAAUAUUACGUUACUUAAAAUUAGCUUGAAGUUGAUUAAGGAAAGUAUUGAUUUCUUCCUAAAACAAAAGAGAGAGCUCCUAGGAGGCCGAGAAGAUGAAUCUGAUGAAGAGGAAGUUAAAGAGAAUACUUCAGAAACUGGUGUAACAAAGGAACCACAGAGAAAAGUUUCAAACACAAAGCUAUCACGGAAUAUCACUAAGAUAAAUGAUAAUAGUGGUGAAAGGGUUAGCAUAGAACAAAAGAGUUCUAUGACUAGCCAUUCUAUUUUUAAAAUGAAUAGCAAUAAAAAGGGAACUAAACUUUCUUCAACAAAGAUCAAGGAUAAUAUUAUUCAAAAUGAGGCUCAAACUCAAUUAAGUAGAGGAUCGUCAGUGGCAAGCAAGGCUAGAAGAGCAAGAAAAUCAAUGUCAACACAGAAAACUGUGAUGGCAAGAUCUGGUUUCAAAAACAACAAAAUGCCUUCAUUUGGUGGAGCAAAUUUCAGAUAA